AUGCUGUCACAAUCAUCACGUAUAUGGACAUCGUAUCGAUCAUUAUGUCCAGCAAUAAUAAGAAUUUCUUCUUGUCGUUCAGUAUCCAUAAAAGUUGUGAUACCUUCACCAAAAUUAACGCAAAGUUAUUAUCAUCAUGCAUCUGAAAUUCCAUUAUUACAUCAUACAGUUGGUCAACAUUUGGAUGGUUUAGCUGCACUAUAUCCAAAUCAUGAAUGCUAUGCAUUUAAAGCCGAAGGAGAUAAACGUUAUACAUAUAAAUCAUUUCUUGACGAAGUUGAUAGUUUAGCUGCAAGUCUACUCGAACUUGGCUUUGAAAAAAACGAUCGACUUGGUGUUUGGUUACCAAAUACAUCUGAAAAUUGUGUACUUUCAUAUGCAACAUCAAAAGUUGGCGUGAUUAAAGUGAAUAUAAAUCCAGCAUAUAUGGGUCGUGAACUAGAAUAUUGUUUAAAUAAAGUUGGUUGCAAAGGACUAGUGAUGCGACCAAAUGUAAAAAUAAUUGAUUGUAUUAAAAUAAUAAACAAGUUAGUACCUGAAAUCAAUGAAACGAAAGGUGAAAUUCAUUCGAAAGCUGUACCAACAUUGAAACAUAUUAUAUUGACGAAGGGUGAUCAAAAUAAAACAUUUAAUACACCAAAAGGUAUGCAUUCAUACUCUGAUCUAAUACGCAAAGGUGCAAACAGUAAACACGACGCACUACGUAGUUGUCAAUCAAAAUUAAAUGGUGAUACUCCUCUCGCAAUUUUCUAUACUUCAGGCACAACAGGACAGCCUAAAGCAGCUACAUUGACAAAUCACAAUAUUUUAAAUAAUGCUUUUCAUGUUUACUAUUUCUAUCCAGAAUUAAUGAGCCGUGUUUGCUGUCCUAUACCAACAUUUCAUAUAUUCGGUGAAAUAGCUGGUACGAUGAAUAUAAAUGCACCAAAAUAUUUUACAACGUUUCCUAGUAUUUUACCUGAUACUGUGGAAACAAUGCGAACUGUCAACACAGAAAAAUGUACAGCAUUAGUAGGUGCACCAAUAAUUUUUCGUGAUAUACUAUCUCAUCCGAAAAAAAAAGAAUUCGAUAUGAGUUCUCUUUUAUUUGCUAUAAUUGGUGCAGCUCCUGUCAAUCCUGUCUUAGUUGAACAACUUGAACGUGAAAUUCCAAUAAAAACAAUAGCACAAGGAUACGGUCAAACAGAAAAUGCAGCAGUACUGGCAAUGAGUGUCUAUGCUGAAGAUGAUAAAAAACGACGAUAUACAUCUAUCGGAAAAGUAGUUCCUCGAAUGGAAAUGAAAAUAGCAGAUUCUAAUGGAGAUAUUGUACCCAUUGGCAAAGAGGGUGAAGUUUGUGCACGAGGUUUUAAUAUUAUGACAGGCUAUUAUGGUGAUGAUGAAAAAACACGUGAAACUGUGACAGCUUCUGGAUGGUUGAAAACAGGUGAUUUAGGUGUUAUGGAUGAAGAAGGAUACGUAUAUUAUCGAUCACGUCAAAAAGAAAUGGUUAUUGUUGGUGGCAUUAAUGUAUAUCCAGUUGAAGUAGAGAAUGUUCUUUUGGAACAUCCAACUAUAGCUGAAGCCCAAGUAUUUGGCGUGCCUGAUCAACGAUACGGUGAAGUGCUUUGUGCAUAUAUAAAAGCCAAGCCAGGUACAAAAGUCGAUGAUACCGAAGAAGUGAGAGAAUUUUUGUCGUCGAGAGGGGCAUUCUUCAAAGUACCAAAACAUAUUAAAAUUAUUGAAUCAUUUCUUCCCUUUACAACACCAACCGGCAAAAUACAAAAAUUUAAAUUAGUAGAAGCCAUGGUCAAAGAAUUGUCGGCGCCAUCCUCAUGA